UAUCUGUGUUGUUUCCCAGGCUGCAGAACAUCUUCAGUCCUUCAUCGCUGACUGCGACCGCAGGACUGAGCUGGCUAAGAAGAGACUAGUGGAGACGCAGGAUGAGAUCAGCGCUGAAGUGGCUGCAAAGGCUGAACGCGUCCACGAGCUGAACGAAGAGAUCGGGAAGCUGCUGGCCCGGGCGGAGCAGCUCGGGGGCGAAGGGAACGUAGACGAAGCCCAGGAGGUGCUGGAAAUGGUGGAGAAGACGCGCGGUUUAAAGAAAGAAGCAGAGGUCAGAGAGAUAAUAACUGCUUUAUUGUGACUAGUUUAUUGCUGUAAUUGAUUAUUAA